AUGCAAUGUGAUAUUGUAGUGUCAGGCAAGUGGGAGUCAUUCCUUAGAGGUCAAGCGAACAAUUGCCAUACCUCCUCCUCCACAGUUACAAUCUCCUCCUCAUCCACCAUUGUCGACGGCAAGGCUCCUCGCCUAUGGGCUGCUGUAUUCCCCACAAUGUGCGACCCUUCAAUUCCCACACUGCCCCCACCGCCUAUGCAGUCACAGAACCGGCCCUGGAAGAGCACUGCUUAUUGCCGUAAGAUUGCUCGAAAUGUCAUGGCCAUGGCCACUGGAGAGGCACCGGCAGAAGUUGGAGCAAAUGAGCUGCCAGAGACUGGCAAAACAGUCCAAGAAGCUUGGGACAAAGUUGAAGACAAAUAUGCAGUGAGUUCACUUGCAGUAGCACUGGGAUGA